AUGUACAUUGGGAUUAAAAUAAACUUUCCCGUUGGUCCGGAGCCCUGCAACGUGGUCUGCCCCAGUUGUCGCCAACAGGUCACCACCCGUACAGAGCCGAAGGCCUCCACUAAGACGCACAUCAUAGCUCUGAUCAUGUGCCUCACCUGCUGCUGGCCCUGUGCUUGCUGCCUCUACUGCACCCAAUGCGCCCGGAACGCUGACCAUCACUGUCCAUCCUGUAACGCUUUUAUAGGCACCUACGAGCGUUAAGGAACUUAUAGCAGAAGUCGUUGCUUUUCCGUGGUCUGCGGCCAGCAGCCGUGACGAAAUGCAAUCCAAACCAUCUUUAAACUCCGUUGUUACCUCUCUUACAUUCCUUAAUACGCAAUAUUUUGAUAGCACGCAAAACAUUGUUGUACCAACUUAAGCUUUUGUAUCCUUAGCACAGCAAUAAAAAGAUUCAAGGAAGAAA